AUGUUAACAAUGAUGUUAUUCCCUCAUUUUGGAACGUGGUAUAUUGCCCAAGCUUUGGAACUUUGUCGAAUGGAGCCAAGUGAAAAACAGUUGGAUAUGUACACAAUUAAAAAAGAACGUAAACAUGUUGCAUGUUUUGUUAAAGAAUUUUUAAAAAAUGACGGAGUUUUUGUUAUUAGAAUGGUUGGAAUGCAUGCAGGGAUACUUUUUACAAGUGAAUUAACUUCUGAACUGUUUGGACAUUUUUUUAGAUUUAUUUUUUAUUUUUUCUAUUUAGUUAUCGAAUUCAUUCAGAUUUAUUAA